CCGGAAGCAUCCCUGUGAGAAGGAAGAGGAGGCUCGCCUGGUAGCAGUGAAAGAAGGAGAGGACGCCGAUUCGGGGAGCUGCAGUGACAGGUACCUGGAACCAUUUCUGACCUGGUAAUUGUGACCAUGGCUACGGGGAUAAUGUGCCGAAGAUUUGCAGGGCGACCUUGCAGGGCAGCUGCAUUUUCUACUACAACCAAGGUUGGGAGUAAGACAGUAUUCUUCAGAAAGGGAGAAGAGAGCACCAAGAAGACAUGCGCAGGCUCUAAACCUGCUGCCACACUCAGACUGUGGAAGCCUCCAGAAUACAGGGUAUCUUUCAAUCCAUCAGCCUACCCAGGGACCAAAGCCAUAUCUUACAAGGAAGCUUCAAGAGGUUUGGAGGAUGGACCAGUUGAAAGUGACUACCCCAGAAUUGGUACUAAACAAUUCCAGGAUGCAUACAGCUUUAACUGCUCACGGAGGCUUUCAAGCACCCAGAACACAGUGCUGGAUUUGGAAAACAAUAAAGCUGUCCCCUCCCAAGCUUUUUUGACACAUCCAGCUAAACUGGACCCCGUGGAAGAUAAUGAGCAAGCUGCCAACGUGGAGGCUUUUGAUCCUAAGGAAGAUCCCAGGGCAUUCCAGAAGCAAAGGCCUGAAUACAGAUCUCUGUGUUACAACCAGUACGAGCUCCCUCCGCCCAUUUCUAUGGAAGACGGUAACAAGAUCUUGGAGAACGUCACUGUGCUGAAAAGCAGCCUCAAACCAAGAAUCAUUGCAGAGUAUUUUUUCAGCCUGAGCUGCUUGCCAACAAAAGAACACGUAAGCAUAAAGUCCAGUCCUAGGUUCGCUAUGCUGUGCCGCUAUGGAGUUGAGAACAUCCAGCUCUUUGAUAUUUUUGAGCUUAUGAUGGUUUUAAAAGCAUUUAUUGGCCUAGCCAUUCCACCUUCUCAUUCUAUGUUGAAAGUGUAUGCAGCGGAGUGUUGCCGUCGGGUCUGGGACAUGAGUCUGGACCAGCAGCUGAUGGUGGCAGACCUGUGGCGUUGCUUGGGGCACAGCGUUCCUCGGUAUUUAGAGAUUGUGUUGAGCUAUGUUAACUUGCAUUGGAAGGGUCUCUCUUUGCCCCAGCUGGUUCAGCUAGUCUAUAUCAUAGGUGAAGGCCGUAAAGCUCCUGAAGAGUUAAUGAAGAAAUUAGACAUCUUGAUGUUAAAACAUUUGGACUCUUUCAAUCUAGAGGAAGUGGGUGCCAUUUGCUUAGGGUUUUUCAAGUCGCAAAAUGGCCUUUCAGAACAUACUAUGCAAAAAAUUGGAGAUAAAGUCUCUGCUCAUAUGGCAGACAUAAGCACUUAUGCCUUAGUGAAUGUCCUCAAGAUGUACCGUUUCACUCAUGUUGAUCAUCUUGACUUUCUCAAGCAGCUUGGGAAAGUUGUCCCUCCUCUGAUACCAACUAUAGGCAUUCAAGGUGUCAUGCACAUAACGCUUGCCUGUUCGGCUUUGCAUUAUUUUGAUGAAAGGAUUAUGAAUGCUGUUGCUGCCUCUUUGCCUUCCAGAGCCACUUAUUGCCGAAUCAAAGAUGUUGCCAAAUUCUUGUGGUCGUUUGGAACCUUGAACUAUGAGCCACCCAAUGCAGAGGAAUUUUAUGCCAGCCUUGAGGAACAGAUGUACACAAAGGUGCAUGAAUUUCAGGAUUUCCCUGAGCAUUUGCCCACCUGUUUGGUAGCUCUGGCAUUUGCAAAGCGGUUUCCAAAUGACUUAAUAGACUAUGUUUUGAGUCCUGAGUUUCUUAAAUUAAGCAGUAAGAGUAAAUUUGAUCUCCAGAAGGACUUGUUCACCCUGGAUGGUACAGUAGAAAUUGAAUGCCCCAGUUACACCGGCAAUCGUCUUGCACCACAGCUUAGGCAAGAGGUGGCGGAGAUGCUAUGGAACUCUGCCAAGAAGGAUAUCUGCAUGAAGCUGGAAGUCACUGAAGCUGUCUCUCUACUGGGAGAGAUGUUGGGUGGGCCCCGGUAUGUCAAAAAUCACAUGGUCUUGCCUCACACCAGAUCAAUUGAUUUGGAAAUUCGUUUGGACUCUAAUCGAAAACCAUUGCCAUUUAACUCGGAAGCAACAGUAAAAUUAGAAGGACUAAAAGAGAGUGGAGUAUCCCUUACGGAUGACUUAAUGAAUCAGCUUUUUAGUAGUAGGCGUAGCAGCCAGUCCCCUGUGGAUGACUGUGAAAGGAAGGUGGAAAUGUGUUCCCAGAACACAGCGGCACCACCACAAGAGCAGUCUCUGUCCACUUGGGAUCAUUUUGCAUUUUCUGACGGAGUUCCACUUACUGGUGCCAUCUUGAAUGCGUUGACCCAACCCAAGGCCUCUUGUGAUGGUCCAGUCCCUCAGCUGAAUGAGCUGGAAAGUGGGGGCAUGAAACUAGCAGUUCAGGUGUCCACUAAGAGCCACUACUGCUAUGGCUCGAAACGCUUGCUGGGGUUCCACAAUUUGAAAAGGAGGCAACUCCGUCAAAUUGGUUACGUAGUGAUAGACCUACCUUUCUGGGAAUGGUUUCCAUUGCUCAGGCGCAGCCAUUCAGAAAAACUGAGCUAUUUGCACCAUAAAGUAUUUGGCUCUUUGAUAUAGAAAGGAACCACAAUAGGGUUGCCAGGUUCAAUCCCUGAGACUGAUCCUGUACCUUUAGGAG